AUGGUGGCCCAAACCAGUUCUCACGGGAAACUGCUUCAAGCGGCAUAUCAAUACCCUCCCUCACUCCAUCUGUUCAUGUACUCCUUUCCUCUCGCGAGUCUGUCACUCCCUGCUGUCCGGGCUCUGUGUCAUUCCGGCUCCCGGCGUUCCCCCGGGAUGAUCUCUGUGACCUUCUCCCUGUCUUGGCUGCUGGGAGUGCCCUGUGACCCCAGCUCUGCUCCGUCUGACCCCUCCGAGCCUCAUGACCCCCCGAGUCACAGCUGUGCUUGA